CAAAGCCAUGAGAGCUUAUUUAUGCUCAAAGUGGACAAUAUCAUAACAUUGUGGAGAGUCGUGUUCAUCUAACACAAUUAUCAUGUUAUAAUUAGCUGAGUAUGCGGAGGUCCACGAAAAUCGAUUUUGGAGUUCUUAGCAUUGACUUGCAUUCUCAAUUUUGUGGUUUACGCGUAGGAUAUGGUUUAAUUUGGCUCUUCUCUAAACAAUUCAUCGUAUUCCGAAAUGGAAUUCGGUAAUAUGGAAACUGAAUCGUAUAUUAGAGUUUGAUUUAUUUGUAUAUGUUAAGCUUAUUGAAGCAAGGUUCUAUUGAGUCGAAGACUAUAGAUCCCAGUACAUUUAUUGGCUUAUGGAUCUUUUUGACUUUAGUUCUCUAUACUAUAAAGAAUUGAUUCUAUGAAUUUUCACGUUUUAAAUCAUAGUUGUUUUUUAAUUGAGCUAGACUCAGAACAGUAUAACCGCUUAAGAUUUGAGUAGUCAACACUUUCAAUUCAGUUGGACUUCGUAAAUUUCUAUAGCCCGUUACCAUAUGUGGUUCUUGUUUUAUUAAUUAUUCUAGUGUCUGUAAUAUGUGUGUUGUCACUGUUUUUAUUACUUAUUUGAUUAAUAACUCAGUAAGUCAGUGCUAGAAGUUAUUUUCACACUUCCUGAGCUAAACAGUUCAGUUAUGACCACCUAAAGGCCAUAAAGUGUUUGACUGGGAAAAUAGUAUAACAUUUGGUAUCCGAAAAUUAUAUUUUUUGGUAGAUGUUUUGACCACCUAAAGGCCACAUUUUACGCAUCCAAAAAAGCUCAUGUUUUAAUACUUAAGGUAUAAACCACAUAUCACAUUGGACGUUAUUGAUAAUUUUCUGCACAUUUUUCAUGUAAAUUGAUUUAGAUGUUAUUGUUGUGAAUUAGGCUUACUGCCUAUUUUAUCAUAGUAGCACUAUCUUUAACUAAAUGUGAAAACUAGAUUUGGGGAAAAUAAGUGUAAUGACUUGAUUAAGGUGAAAAUUUAACUUAAUCAUAGAUAUGUCUUCUUAGGUUCUUGGACACCCAUUGGUGGAUGGAGCUCCCUUGUUCUUGAUUUUGGAAUGCUAUAGUGUAAAUCUUGGGAGUUUAUCUCUUAAUUUCAGGAAUUUUAUGAUAUUUCAAUUUCCAGGUAGCUUUCUACUGGGCAGCAAAUAUUUUAUUCUCGUGUGGGGAGGUCAUCCAUUUAAAAAGAACGACCGACUAUCAAGGUCACUUCAGGGGUAGAUGGGGUUUUUAAUGCAAUGUUGAGAUCGUAUUUCUUAUGUUGUUUCUUCUAGGAAUGGUUUUGAUUGGGUCGUGCUAAUUGGAGAAUGUUUUUGCAUCCGUCAUUGGCUAUCGUGGGGGAUGGAGUCUUUUCUUUCUCUUCUCUUCUGUUUUCCUUCUUCCUUGAUAAAAUUUUUAGUUUUGUGAGAUUGUAUGAUUAUUGCUAUGUAUCAUUUAUUAUGUCACGGGAGUCUGUAUAAUUUUAAUUUUCUCUCUUCUCUUCUGUUUUCCUUCAUUGGCUAUCGUGGGGGAUGGAGUCUUUUUAUGUUGCUUCAGUUUAUCAUUUGUCUAGGUUGCUUUCAGGACAAAGGUUUUUCACCCAAACAUUAACAUUAACGGUAGUAUUUGCUUGGACGUCUUGAAAGAGCAAUGGAGUCCAGCUUUGACUAUACCAAGGGUUUUGACUUCUCAAUGACAAUUUUAACAUUCAACUCCUAGAUGUUUGAAUUUUAUUAUCUUGUGCCUUUUUUACACGAUGGCUUUGGAUCAAAUUCUUUGAAUUGCCUGUUGAUCAACAUUUACAAUUUUAUUGCUUAACUAGGGAAUCAAGGCACUAAGAUGAUAUGCAUAUAUUAAAGAGAAAAAGAAAAAAAAAACCAUUAUGUUGAUAUAAUUUCGUUCAUGGUACUCAGGCAUAUUGAUGUAGUAAUGUGAUGGCAAUUGUACUUUAGUGCUCAACACUCUGAACAGUUGUCACAUUUCAUGUCAUCUUUAUUUUAUUACAAUAUUUCUCUAAUUAUAGUAAUAGUCAUCAAUCCAAAUUAUAGUGAAGCCAUCAGGACAAAAAAGUUUAAAUCCAAGAACAUGUUAUGUGAAAACACUGCUAAGCAAACAACUUAGACCAACCACUGAGAAAGUAUGAUUGCAACCAUAUAUGGAGCAUAUAAAAUGCACAUAUGUUGCUCUUGGGUGACAGCAUGAUAUCCUGGUUAGAUUUCAUUUUUAUGAAAUUUAUACUGUAAACUUGUAAGGGUUACUUAUCAUUUGUGUAGUGCAAUGGGUAUCAAGUGGUCGCUGGCCAAUGUUGACACAGGGAGACCAUGGUAUGUUUUCUGAGAAAGUCUAUUGCCCUCCGCCAAAAAUCCUGUUCAUUUUCUUAUGAUAUAUAUGGUGUAAUGCAUCUUAUUCUAGAAUAUUGAAUCGUUGUCUGCUCUUCAGCAUCUUUGGCUAACAUUAUUGAGAAUACAUAGUGAUUGUCAAUCAUUUUCUGCAUAUCCAUUUCACUUUUUUCCUAGCUUCGAUUAAUUAUACAGUUUUUAAAUGGUUGGGAAGGGUUUCUGUUUCAUAUUCUGGUGUUACUUUCUAUUUGCUCCCUUUCGACAGAUGCCAACCCAGAUGAUCUACUAGUGCCAGAAAUUUCUCAUCUCUACAAGACCGAUAGGGCCAAGUAUGAGACAACUACAAGGAGCUGGACUAAAAAAAUAUGCGAUGGGCUCGUUUGUAUUAUGGGAAGGAUUUCAAGCCAGUGAAGAAACUAUCUCGCAUCAUGGCUUCUUAUGGAUGAUGGAGGAUAAAGGCGGAAAAUGGGCCAGAGCGCCAAGCUGCUCCAAUUGCAUUUCCACCCCCACUUGAAUUCUGAGGAAAGAAAAGGGACAGACCGCUCCUAUAAAACCGGCCCUCUUGCUUUCCUCUACUCUGCUCAGCCACUGAACCUUCUCUUCUGUUCUCUUCUUUUCAAAAGCUUAGAGACCCAUCAAAUUCGAGUCUCCAUUAAUGGGUCGAGUUUGUUCCGGCGGAAUUAGGUUCAGAGAAAUCCGAACCACCACCCACAAACCGGCGACGGAGACCAAAUUGGUUCGAAUUUCGUUCACCGACGGCGACGCCACCGAUUCCUCGAGUGGGGAAGACGAAGAGCCAAUCUCCAUCCGCCACGUCAAACGCCACGUGACUGAGAUCAGGCUUCUCACUCGUAGUUCCAAAAAAUCGCCGCCGAAAUCGGGAGCUGAACCUAGAAAGUUCCGGGGAGUUAGGCGACGGCCGUGGGGGAAAUGGGCUGCCGAGAUCAGAGACCCUUUCCGGCGGACUAGAGUUUGGCUUGGAACCUACGACACGCCGGAGGAAGCUGCCGUCGUGUACGACCAAGCCGCCGUCCGCCUUAAAGGCCCCAAUGCUCUAACAAAUUUCGCCGAAGCUCCCAUUUCCGAAAGUACUGUUGCCACACUUCUCACUCCGCCACCGCCAGCGGCGGCGGCGUCCGAUAGCGAAGAAUCUCGGAGUCUGUGCUCUCCGACUUCCGUUUUGAGAUUAGAAGAACAAAUUUGGAGACCCAUUGAGCAUGUAAGCGAAGAAUCAGCAUUAGAAAUGGAAUUAAAUUGGUUAUAUGAUCGGAAUUCCAACAGUUUGUUGUUCAAUUCAAGAACCCCACAGCCCAUAAAUUCCGACGAAAUGGGAGACUUCGGCGACAUUCCGAUGGAUUUCGAAUCAUGCAAAUGGGACGUAGAGAAUUAUUUUCAAGAUCCAACCUUUAGUAUUUCACUCACUCACUGACAGACUGACAAAUUCGCUAUCUUUUUUAUUUUAUUUUAUUUAUUUUGUUAUUAUUAAAUUUUAAAUUUUCGUUGCCUUUAAAUUUGUAUUCUAACAUAUGUUUUAUUUAUAUGCUUUUUAUUUUUUGGAGUGAAUUGUAUUGUAUGGAAAUAGAAUAG